AUGGCCCGCUUGAUCCAACGCCUCACCAAGCCGCUGGCGGGCUGGCCCACCCCGCUUUCCAUUCCCAUCUUCAAGGGUGAGACUUUUCCGCCCGACGACACUCCAUUGGAAGACAUUCCAUACUUCCAUGGCGCCCUGCCCAAGGACAUUUGUGACGCCUCAUUGGCCAAGAUGGGCAUGAAGGACGGCACUUACAUGCUCCGUUUGUACAAGCCCAAUGACCCGAGCAUCCUAGUCCUGACCGUUGUGUACAAGGGAAAACCCACCCAUCACCAGGUGCAGCACGAAGCAACCGUCUGGUCAAUCAAUCGCAAAGUUCUGCCCGGCUGCACCUCGGUGCGCCGCCUCGUUGCUGCCCUGGCCGUCACACAUGCCGACUUUUGGCCCGUGCCUCUCAUGCUGCCAGUCAUCAACCCACGCUGCGACACUGUCAAGCCACCUACUCAACGCGGCUCUUCUGCUGCUGCAUCGCCGUCUCCGACGCCGGAUCCCCAAAACACCCCAUCAGCAGAGUCGGUGCCAUCUUCAGAGAUGCCCCAAACAGACACAAGCAACCAAUACGGCAACGACGCUUCAGAAGAAGCGCCAACCGAAGCAAAGUCUGUGACCACACCUGAAAUAGAGUCCAACAUUUCAAGUAAACCUGAACCCCAGCCUGAGCUCCAGCCAGAAUCUGAACCCCAGUCCCAGCCAGAACCUGAACCCCAGUCCCAGCCAGAGCCUGAACCCCAGUCCCAGCCAGAACCUGAAUCCCAGCCCCAGCCAGAACCUGAACCCCAGUCCCAGCCAGAACCUGAGCCCCAGUCCCAGCCAGAACCUGAACCUGAACUUCAAGCGGAUGUUGCAAACAACAACGCGCCCAAAGCAGAGAUCAAGGCAACCCCUGACGCCCCUGAAACUCUCCCCGAGGCCGAUGCAACAGCGGACACCCACCAGACCAAAGCCGGCACGCAACUGGAGAACCCAGCAAAUGCCAAGGGGCUGGUUGACGAAAGCAUUUAUGGCACAGUGGACGAAGCCGAGGCCCUGAUUAAGACGCGUCUUCAGGACCGCGUCAAAGCAAUCAACACCACUCGGGAGCCUGAUGAGUGGGUAACCCCAGAAGUGGAAAUUCGCCAGGGUUUGGUUGGCCAGUCUAUCAAGGCGCUUCUGCCCUCAGACGAUGCCCAGGUGCCCUCCGUUGAGAUUGUCCUGCCCCAUCCCGACUUUGACGAGCACGAGCUCACCGUGGAGCCCAGCAUGACCCUCUACUAUCAUGGUGAUAUCACGCCCGCGCAAGCCGAGGCUGCCCUUAAUGCAGCCAAAGACGGGCAAUAUUUGCUGCGAGCCCACGAGGCCAGCCGUCAUGCCUUUGCCGUGAUUCUGUCUCAUGUGCACAAUGGUAGCAUUCUUCAUACACCUCUGACCCAAAGCGACCUGAAUGGCAGUUUCAAGAUUGGACAGGUCGCUACUGGUGAGCGCAACCUCAAUGACGCCUUGCGCUUUCUCCACGCACAGCAACCAGGCUGGCCGCAUCCCCUAACGGAAGGCAUCCAGGGCAUCAAAGUCCUCUCGGCGGCGGAGAAGAGCAAAAUGCGCCAGGCCAAUAACCAAGCCAUUGAGGAAGCUGCCCAACGCCAGCAGGCCUUGGUCGAGGAAGCCAAACGUGAACAGGCCAGAGCACGGGGAUCACACCGUGCUGCCACCACCAAAGCCGAAGUCAAUCUGGAGGCUCAGCGCCAACGAGCCAUGGAAGAAGAGAUGCAAUCGCUGCGUGCUGCUCAGCUGGAAGAACGUCGAGCGCAGAUGCGCGAGCAGAUUCGCCAAAAGCUCGUGGCCGAACGCAAAGCGCAGGCUUUGAAGGAUCUCCGCGAACAACGUCGCCAAGAAGCCGAAGCUGCCCUUGCCGCCGCUCGUGCUUUCAAACCAGAGGUCGAAGUGAAUCUCGACUCUGAUGAUGAAGAUGCUGGUGUGCUGGGCCCGGAGGAACUCGAUGAAUGGCGACAUGCCGAGAGUGGUGGCCCAGAGCUCAUGGAGAGUAUCUAUGCCGCACCGGAUGCGGCGCUGAAGCAAGACGAGACAUCUGCCAGUGAUAUUGCUGGCAAUGCGCCGCUAUAUUCCGAUUUUUCCACAACCAUGUCACGCACACCCAGUACAACCGCUCUUCGCAACGACCCCGAGUUGCCCAACCCCUAUGGCGUGGCGACCAACGCCAUUGCCGAGGAGCCUGAUGCUAUUGCCGCUAGUCACAAUGUGGAUGAGGGUGGCGCAUAUGGUGAAGCUGUGGAUCGCUCAGCAGGCCCGUCUACAGGCGUGGAAUCCAACACGUACGAAGUGCCUGCUGAGGCAAAAGAAGAGGCAACCACGUCCGCCUCACCGAGCCAAGCCGCGGCUCAGGCUCAAGCAGCACCUGCCGCAGCGGCAGCACCGGAAUCUGCCCGCGAUGAGACACCUUCCUCGCCUCCUGCCAAGUCCAAAGGCGGGCCCGAUGACAAGAAGAAGGGUUGCCUCGUCAUGUAG